GCGCGUCAUUCAUACCCAUGCACACAAUACGCAUGUCGAACGAAACGUUAAUUUAAGAAAAAAAGUGAACGAAAGUGUUUCCGUCACUGUUGAUCGCAAACAUAUUUCUUCAAAAUUAUUACCUUCUAGUUCGUAUUUUAUUCAAAUCGAGUACAAAAAUCAGUGCUUUUAAUGGAUUAUUGUAUGUAAGAGUGUAUAGUUAAAAAAUAUCAACAUGAUUAUAGAAAAUCCAGAUGCUUUCAAGUCUUGGUUGACGUCCAUAUUGGAUCCACUUUGCGACGCGGACCCCGCGGCGUUGGCCAAAUAUGUUUACGCUUUGGUCAAGAAGGACAAGCCCCUCGAUGAGCUGCGGGAGGGUAUGCUGGACCAAUUGGACGUGUUCCUACAGCAUGAAACUAAACCGUUCGUGGACAUGCUGUUCAAAUCGCUGGAGAGCCAGGAGUACCUCCAGGCGCAGGGGGUUGAGAAGCAGCCGUCCCCGCCCCCGGAGCCUGCGCUCGCGCCCGCGCCCGACAAGGAACCGGAGACCAACAAUCAUGUGCCCGCGGCGCCCGCCCCAGAGGUGACCAAUGGCGAGGAGGUCCGCCCGCCCCGACACCGCGUGGUGAUGUCCCGGGCGCCGCCCCGCCUCACCGCGCCGCCCCCGCCCCCGCCCUACAUCACCCAGCCUACCAAUAGGGCGCCGCCCAAUGAACAGACGCUCGUCAAGGUAUUACCAACAGAGUUAUUGGAAGAACAGGUGGACCAACUGCCCAGAAGGAGGGACAGACGUGCAGACUCGCUCGGUGAUAAAGAAGAUAGGCGUCGUCGCCGCUCUCGCUCGUGGGAACGACGACGAGUGCGAGCGAGACGGCAUCCUCGCGACAACGACGACCCACGGAGACGGCCGCUGUCCCGAUCGCCUUCGCCCAGAGGUCGAUACAGGAACAGAAGCCCGCCCCCUACGGCCGUCGACAGACCGAAUACUAAAUCAAGAUCAAGAUCACCAAUGCCAGUGCGCGACAGAGAACACGAGCGUGAAAGGGACAGACUGCGAGUGCCCAGAGAGAUGGAGAGGGACAGAAUAUCCCGUGACAGAGAGCACAGGGAUAGGCUGUCCAGAUCUAAGGAUAGAGAAAGAUCCCGCGAUCGCUCCCGGGACCGUUCCCGGGGAUCGGGAUCGCCCCGGGACCAGCGGCCCGAUAUCAGCGACGCUUACAAACGAAGAUGCCGGGACUUUGAUGAGAAAGGAUACUGCAUGCGUGGCGAUCUAUGCCAAUGGGACCACGGGACUGAUCCAUUAGUUUUAGAAGACGCAGCUUUGACCAGAGUACUGACCGCCCCGCCUCCUGUGCCAGAAUACAAUCCUUUGACGCCGGACAUUUGGUGCGGAGCCCCGGGCUUCGCCCCCUACCCUCAUCCACGACCUCUGCCGCCCAGGGAACUAAUACCUAUACCCAGGGUGAGACACGAAGCUGUUGGAGUGCCACCCCCGUUAAGGCAUCCUCCACCGCACAAGAAGAAUUUCGACUACAACAGACUGGGUGCCCCAAGGCCUCCGUUGCCGGUUAACUCAGGCAACUGUUCACUGGAGGUGAAGAAAGUGCCGAGGGGACUGAACGACAUUACGCAUCUCAACAAUCACUUCUGUAAAUUCGGGAAAAUCGUCAAUAUUCAGGUAUGCUUCGAAGGUGACCCAGAGGGAGCCCUAAUAACGUUUUCCAAUCCCACGGAAGCCAAUGUCGCCUACAAGAGUACCGAAGCUGUACUCAACAAUAGAUUCAUUAAAGUGUUCUGGCAUAAUCCUGAGAAUAAACAAGAGAACAUGCCGCCCACACAGCAACAGAAGAUUCAACCGGAACGGCAGAACAAUCACCCGAUGUCUCACAACAAGGUGCUCAUCAACAGGGACAAUAUUAAGGCUACCAACGACAAGCAACAGUUGCAAGAAAAGCAGGCUAAAGAGCUGGCUGCCAAAGAACUGGCUACGAAAGAAUCAUCGACAAACGGACAAGAAGUGAAGAAAGACCCACCGCCAAAGCCCAUAGACAAGAGCAAGCAGGUUAUGGAAAUGAUGAAGAGAGCACAGGCCUUGUUAGAGAAGCAGCUGCAGCAACAGAUGUUGCUCAUAGACAAGCUGGAGUCCGGUAACGUAACAGGACCGCAAAAAGCUGCUUUAAUGGAAGCAAUCAACUCUGCUCAAGAAGGCAUAGAGAAACUACGGAAGGAACUCUUCGCUUACAAUGGCACUUUGAGGCAAAUGCAGGUGAACGCUAAGAAGCCAAGAACGAGACAAGAGGCUGAGAAGGAGAUUUUGGACGCUGAAUUGGACAUGUUUACUAAACAACAGGAGGGUCAAGACGUAACUGAGCUAAUGAAACGCGUAUCGGAAUUAAGAAGGCUAAUGGCUGUACAGUUUCCACCCCACCCCGGCAUGAGGAGACCUCAUUCUAGCAGUAUAUUCCGAGGCGGUCGCUACAACACAAUAAACAGAUUCAGUCGCGGAGGCGCUCAGAAAGUGUUCAGCGUCAACCAAUCUGUGGACCAUAGACCACGGGCUCUUCUUAUCUCUGGCUUCGAGUCUGAUGAGCUGGAUUCGCUUCUGCAGCAUUUCUCUCAAUUUGGCGAAGUCAGCAGCAAAGAAUUGAACCUGGCCGUGCCCGAGUUGGUGCUGCAGUACAAACUGAGAUCUCACGCGGAGUUGGCUGCAGCCAAUGGGAAACAUUACAACGAUAGGACGCUAUCGAUCACAUGGGUAGCCAACACUAAACCCGUAGCACCGGCAGUGGAAACAAGGCCGGCGCACCACAACGGGGAAUCGAACGAGGAAAACAAGGAGCCCGAGGCGUCCCAAGAAUUAUCCGAAGACUUGCUGCUCCGCUUCGAUGAAGAGGAAGAGGAAGACGCGGAAGAGGACAGAUCGUGGAGGCGUUGACGUCGCGCCGGCCGCUAGUCUGCCUAAACGUCGUGUAGCGGUCGUGUCGCCGUCGGAUCGCGGUCGUGUGGCAGUCGUGUCGUCGGGCCAGGCUAGCGUACUCUGUAUAUACCGUAACUGUACUAUACGCGUUGUAAUUGGGUUUGAGUGUGUUGUUAAAUGUAAUACGAGAUAUUUGGUUUUGUUUAUGGGUAUUUUUUUUAUUUGUUUUUGUUAUUUGCUCAUUAGGCAAAUAAUUAUUUUUCGCUGAAAGGUAGCUUACAGUUGCUACUAGCAUAUUUUACUUUUUCACUAUAAUUUCUUUUUAUUCCGUUAUAAACAAAAUUAAAUGCAUUAAUGAACACACCAAACCCAGUCUUAUGAUGUUUACAAAAUCGCAAUUGUUCUAAAACGAAUAUAAAAAUAAAGUGCAAUUUAUUUAUUAAAUAAAUGGUGGUUUCUCAAAGAAAUGCAUAAUAAAUCUAAAUUCUCAAAUGUCGAAUUCUCAAAUUGUUAUCUUUCAUUUGUAGAUAAUCUUUCCUUUGAAGCAAAAGAAGAUGUUACACUCAAUUUUGACUAAACAUUGCAACAUAAAAUUUUGUAUUUAUUUUAGAACAAUUACUUAUAUACCUAGUUGUAAUGUAUUAUUCAAAUUUGUUAAAUUAUUUGAGGGAUAUACUUAUAAUAGUUAUAAGGUUGAUAAAACUAGGCGUCACAGAGAUGCUAUUUGGUCGACAAUGGAAAAUAUAUUUAAAAACUGAACUUUAUAAAUAGACAAUAGUCAUUGUCGUUUAUGAUAAUGGCAAUACUAAAAAAAACUUGUUUAUUCAACAGUUUUUUUGCGCCAGUGUAAAAUUGAUAAAACAUUAAUCUUUUUAAUUGCAAUGUCAAGCUUUUGAAGCUUUAAGCAUCUCUAUUUCGAAUGCAAUCUUUAUUUAUAGACAUUAGUAAAAUU